CAUGAUGGCCUGUGGUAUACAGAAGCUGUUUUCUGUGGAGGCAGAGUUUGAAGAUGAGGAUUUUGUGUUGGCUAUGGAAGAUGUAGAGAAGCGGGUCUCAGACCCAAUUCCUACCAGUUCAAGAUGUUUGAGGCUCCCGUCUUCUGCACUGAGAAACCCCGGCAACACCGUUGAAGCUCUGUCCCCAGUCUUGCCAGUUCAAAACUACUCAAGACUAAGAUUUUUGCAGGACGGCUGCCCCAGCGAGAUCAAAACCAACCAGGUGACUUCUCCUUCGGUGGCCACCUUCAAGGUUCAGAAGGACCAGACCACCUUGUCGGCCCAAAGUAGACCAAGCUGUAGUUUGGGCACGAGCUUCAAGUUUGUGAAGAGAAAUCUACCUAUACCUUCCACUCAUAAUGGGGAUUUUGACAAUGAGCUGUUCUUGGCAGCCUGCAUGGAUCUGGAAGUGUCUGACACGUUGUCCUGUCUGGGGCCUUCUCGCUCUGACUGUGAGAGGAUGGGGGAUCACGGUGUUAGUGAUGCAGCAAUGGCCAAGAAAAUGCGAGUUACAGAUUCAGCGGUGUUGAGCAACACUGUUAAUGUGGAGACAUCACAGCUGAAAAGGACUUUGAAGGAAACCUCAGUGGGGGUCAGCAGCCAUCUCCAGCCAGCAGAGGCUUCUCCUAGGUUGACUCUGAGGCCCACUGCUAUGGGAUCUCACCCCUCACAAUCUAACCCAGGGGUGAGCAUCACUGUAGGUACCAUUUCAAGCCCAGCUUGCCAGCUGCCUAAGUCUCUGGGUAAACUUGUUGCUGGGAACAACAGCUCAUGCCUGCCUCUUGUUAGAGCCUUUUCCCCUUCGGGGAUUGCUCUGCCAAAACCACAGACACCCAGCCAGAGUUCUUUCACGCCUAAGAUGGCAAAUCGGGGUGGUCAGCUCCUUACUGCUUAUGGCCCCUCAACGGAAUCUGUGGAGUCCUCACCUGCUGCACCUAGAAUGCCUUGUUCAACUACUCCUUCUGGAAGCCUCCAAAUGCCUGUGGUCACCAACCACCUUGUCCGCCUGGUAACGGCAGCUAAGAAGCCACCUCAGCCAUUGGCUCGCGUUCCUGUACAGGCCAAGACUCGCCGUUUCCCUGGACCUGCGGGCAUUCUGCCACACCAACCUGAUGGGAAAAACCUGGAAGAGAUCAUGGUUUCAGCUCCACAGACGCCUGCUCACGGGGCUCUGGCAAAGCUAGGAACCGAGGAAAUGCCUGCCUCCCAGCAGCCAGUGGAAGAGGAAUGCAGCAGAGGCGCCUGGGUUUCCAUGAAAACCGAGCUGGGUUUGGACGAGAGGGAUCCAUCUUGCUUCCUUAGGACAUACAGUGUGGUCAUGGUGCUUCGAAAGGCGGCUCUCAAGCAGCUUCCAAAGAACAAGGUCCCCAACAUGGCGGUGAUGAUUAAGUCACUGACACGGACCAACGUUGAUGCGGGCGCCAUAUUCAAAGACCCAACUGGGGAAAUGCAAGGCACGAUACAUCGUCUGUUGCUGGAGCAAAGAGAGAGCGAAUUCAAAGCUGGCUCAGUCCUUCUGCUAAAGCAGGUGGGUGUGUUCUCCCCAUCUCACCGCAACCACUACCUCAACGUGACGCCCAAGAAUUUGGUGAAGAUCUAUCCACACGGACUCAGUAUCAGGAAGCCUACUCCACUGAGCCAAGAAAUCAGGGGGAGAGUGGAGAUGCUUCUGCCACAGGCAGUGUCAGGAUUCCAGCAGGAUUCUCCCACAGAUGCCCCAACCGUGGCCGCAACAGACUGUGGGAAGGGGCAGAGCUGUGAGAUGGGUGAAAAUCACUGCCAAGGUCCCCUGGCCUCAAGCAGAGGGGUGCCACUACCAGAGGCUGGUGGAACGGGCAAGUCGGUGCUGAGCGCAUCUUCCCCAAAGGCCGAUUCAGAUGACCUGGACCAGCUUCUCGGAGAGCUGCCUGAUGAAUUUUUCUCCACCUGAGACGCACAGAGCGCCCUGUGACAAUUCCCUGUGGCUUAA